AUGGGAAGCGAUGAAUUUGUAACGAUGAUUCUAACUGAUGCUUGCUUCAUCAUUGAAUACGUUCUUCUAAGGCUAGAUAAAGAUGGUUGGCAUUCCAAGCUAUGGUCAAUGCGGAAGAUAAGAACAGACUUGAUUUUGCUUGAAAAUCAGCUACCAUUUUUCGUUCGUAAAGAUCUAUUUGACCUAACUUUUCCAAAUGGCUACAAUGAUAAAUUUUCAUUUGAGUUUGUUACCUUCCGCUAUUUUUAUUCCACAUUCAUUUCUAGAAUAGUUCCUAAUGAAAGACUUCGUGGAAGGUUUACGUUCUCAUAUUUUGUACAACACCACCUACCUACACUUCCUGAUGGUACUCCACAAGUACAUCACUUGUGUGAUAUGCUGAGAAUCUUCCAUGUGCGACUUGAUCAACUACCAAGGGAACACAGUGGCAGGGACAUGAAGCUUAUAUAUACUAUAAGCAAACUACAUGAUGCAGGAAUCAAAUUUGAGCUCAAUGAAGAUGAAAUAGGCUUACUUAAACUGCAAUAUUCAAAGGGAGUGAUGAAAAUACCAAGAAUCGUUGUAAGUGAUUCCACAGAGGCCCAGCUUAGAAAUUUAAUGGCAUUCGACAAGUGUCACUUUCCUUCCCCAAGAAGCAUGACUGAUUACAUAGUGUAUCUGGAACAUCUUAUUAGAACAGGAAAAGAUGUUGAAAAGCUUGAAGAAAAGGGAGUUAUAGAGAACUUCAUAGGAUAG